AUGACACCCUUCAUAGGCACCUUACGCCGAACCGUCACCCGCCCUGAAUUCAUCAGGGCCCGACCUCUAUCAACACUGCAAGGCCACUCUCAUAUCUACACGUUUAGUCAUGGAAUCUCUCCAGACACGCAUACUCUCUCCCUGCUCCCCACCGAUCCACCAACUCUCCACCUCGCCAUCGGCACAACGUCCAAACUCCCUCCAACCCCAGAUUCCUUCGUGGAAAACCCGGAAUUCCUAUGCAUCCUACAAUCUUUCUUGGCCAAGCAUGCACAUGCUGACCCGGACGUCCAAUCGCAAGCGCAAGUUAUGGCAUCGACGGCUGGGGCAAAUCUAGUGUCUGGCGGAGUGUUUCGCACGCAUCAUCCACGGCAGAGGAAACCAGGAGGUGAGUCUAGCAGUGGAGCCAGUGGCCAAGGCGGUGCUGGGUCCGGAAGGCGUGGUGGGUUCAUCCAUGUCUCCGAUGGCAGAAAUCCCCCGGAGUAUGGCCGUAUUGCUUGGCCAGAGGAUAUAUUUGGAAGUCUAGAGGUAGAUGGACAUGGUAAUAUUGAAGGGAAUGGGAAUUAUCAGCCCAGUGGCACAUAUCGAAUUGUAACAAGAAACGGGAUUCUUGGCCUUAGUCCUUUUUUAAGGGAGAAGCUUGUCCAGCGAUUACGAGCAGAAGAGCAGAAUUUGCGCGGAAAAUAA